AUGUUUUGUGGAGACUAUGUUCAGGGUACCAUCUUCCCAGCUCCGAAUUUCAACCCUGUGAUGGAUGCCGAGUUGCUUGGAGGCGCACUCCAGGGAUUCGGCUGUGACAAGGACCUGCUGAUCGACAUUCUGACCCAGCGCUGCAACACCCAGAGGCUGCUGAUCGCCGAGGCUUACCUGGGUGCCUUCGGCCGGGACCUGGUUGGGGACUUGAAGGAGAAGCUUUCCAAUCACUUCAAGGACGUCAUGGUCGGCCUCAUGUACCCCCCACCCUCAUAUGAUGCCCACGAGCUGUGGCAUGCCAUGAAGGGAGCAGGCACUGAUGAGAACUGCCUCAUUGACAUAUUGGCUUCGAGAACAAACAGAGAAAUUUUCCAGAUGCGAGAAGCCUACUAUUUGCAAUACAGCCGCGACCUACAGGAGGACAUCUACUCAGAGACCUCAGGACACUUCAGAGACAUGCUCAUGAGCUUGGUCCAGGGAACCAGGGAGGAGGGAUACGCGGACCCAGCCACGGCCACUCAAGACGCGAUGGUGCUGUGGCAGGCAUGCCAGCAGAGGACGGGGCAGCACAAGACGCUUCUGCAAGUGAUGCUGUGCAACAAGGGCUGCCAGCAGCUGGGCCUGGUUUUCCAGGAAUUUCAGAAUAUUUCCGGGCAAGACAUAGUAGACGCCAUUAAUGAGUGUUACGAGGGAUACUUCCGAGAGCUGCUAGUAGCUAUUGUUCUCUGUGUUCGAGACAAACCAGCCUAUUUUGCUUACAGACUGUACAGUGCAAUCCAUGACUUGGGCUUCCACAAUAAAACCGUGAUCAGGAUUCUAAUCUCCAGAAGUGAAAUCGACCUGAUGAGCAUAAGGAAGCGAUACAAAGAGAGAUAUGGGAAGUCCCUUUUCCACGACAUCAAGAAUUUCGCGUCAGGGCAUUAUGAGAAGGCUCUGCUGGCCAUCUGUGCGGGUGACACUGAUGACUACUAA